AUGCCGUUAUUCAAGGUUUUUACGAAGGACCAAGUCUGCUUCGUCGAACCCUACAAGCGCACCUACAGGGGAUGGGGCGACUUUUGCGACAAGAACCGCUUCCCGGCUUGCACACUGUUGUGCCCGAAAAAUGGGUCGUACGUUGUGGACGAUGACGGUCGCGUAUGCGUGGAAAUGCGCCCUUCCGGCGAUUGCAAGACGCAUCGUCAGAUUUUGAAGACUGGAGACAAAGUGGCGACUGGCGGGGCGGUUAUUGGUACUGCGCUGGCGCUUGUCGGCCUGUUAACCCCGCUUGCCCCCAUCGCCGCAGGAGCGCUGGCCGUUACUGGGGUCGCCACGGGCUCUUGUGAAGUCUUCUUCUCCUGGCUUUCACUCGUCGGAACUGCCGUAUCGCUCGGCAGCUCGAUGGCUGUUGCUCGACUCGCCGAACUCGCCUCGGAAGGGGUCGCGAUUGGAACCGGCACUCGCCUUCUGACGAAUUUAGCCAUUUUUGGCGCCCUCGGCCUGAAUGGCUUUGGAUGUGUAACGUCCGUGGUGACGCUCGUCGAUGAUCUCAACAAAGGCCGCAAACCCAGCCCUCUGCAGCUCUUCCAGCUCUCUGCGCAGCUCCUCUUCUUCACAAACGCCAUCUACAGCGUCAAGCAAGCCAGUACGAUCAUCGAGAACGCGACCAAGGGCGAACUGCGCGCCGUUCAAAACGAGCUCGGCACCAAGGAGGAGCGGUCAAAGCUGAAGCGCAUGCUCAAGCGCAACAACAACAAAUUUGGCCGUGGCACUGGCGGGCAAGUGACGCUGAAGCGUUUGAAAGAUCUCCAAGUCAAGAAGGCUGCAGAUGGCACGAAGCUGGGACCCGCCAUCCAAAAGCAUGCCCAUUUCGACAAGGAGAAUCUGAGAUUAAACUCGGACCCUCGCUCUAUGGAGGUGCAGGCGGCGGCAAUCGCGGAAACGGCGCGAACGACGCGUUAUGGUGGCUAUCAAGCCGAUCUGCGCUCGAAGACGACGGUGAUGGCCAUCGAGCCGGAUGCGCUGCAGAACAAGCUGAACGACGCUAUCCAGCCGUCGCAGAGGAAUGGCCGGCACGACGUGAAAGUGCCCGGAACUUUCCAGGCUUGGGAAUUCCGGUACGACCCGAAGACCGGACAGAACGAGAAGGUCUACAUGCAGGUGAAAGAUCCGGUGUUCGGCUCGCUCGGCAUCAAUGGUGUCGGAUGCGUCACAUCGUUGGUGACGCUCGUCGAUGAUCUCAACAAGGGACGUAAACCCACCUCUCUUCAGCUUUUCCAGCUAUCUGCGCAACUGCUGUUCUUUGCCAGCGCCCUCUACAGUGUCAAACAGGCCAAGGUCAUCAUCGAAAAUGCAACCAAGAACGAAUUGGCCGGAUUGCGCAAUGAGCUCGGUACCAAAGAAGAGCGUACGAGGGUGAAACGCAUGCUGAACCGCCACAACCACAAGUUUGGUCGUGAAACUGGCGGUCAAGUGACGUUGAAGCAUUUGAAGGAGCUCGAAACUAAACAGCGUCCGGCUGGAGGCGCGAAGCUCGGAACAGCGACACAGAGGCACGCCCAUUUUGACAAGGAGCAGAUGAAGCAGUCCGUCCCAGUCAGAAAUAUGGAAGAGCGCGCGGCGGCAAUGGCGGAAGGAGCACGCACCACGCGAUACGGUGGUCGUCAAGCGGGAAUGCGCUCCAAGACCACGAUCCUGGCUGUCGACCCAGAAACGCUGCAGCACAAGAUCAACGCGGCCAUCCAGCCCAUGCAGCGCAACGGUCGGCACGAUGUCAAGGUGUCUGGCACCUAUCAAGCCUGGGAAUUCCGGUUUGAUCCGGCUACCGGUGAACACGUGAAGGUCUACGUGCAGGUGAAAGAUCCGGUGUUUGGAGUCACCAACGGACGCUCGCUUGGCAUCAAUGGUUUGGGCUGUAUCUCGUCUCUAUGGACGCUAGUCGAUGAUCUCAACAAGGGCCAUACGCCAAGCGCGCUUCAAAUUUUUCAGCUCUCUGCCCAACUUCUGUUCUUCACCAACGCCGUCUACAGUGUCCAACAAGCCAAGACGAUCAUCGAAAACGCGACGAGGAACGAAUUGACGGGAUUGCGGAAUGAGCUCGGUACCAAAGAAGAGCGUACAAGGGUGAAGCGCAUGAUUCGCCGCCACACCCGCAAAUUUGGUCGUGAAACUGGAGGCCAAGUGACGUUGAAGCAUUUGAAGGAUCUCCAAAUGAAGAACCAGGCUGGUGGCGACGCCAAACUGAGCACUGCGACGCAGAGACACGCCCAUUUUGACAAGGAAAAUAUGAAGCAAAAUGGUCAGGCCCGCAAUAUGGAGGAGGCGGCGGCGUCGAUGGCCGAAACAGCGCGCACCACUCGCUACGGUGGACGCCAAUCCGGAAUGCGCUCCAAGACCACAAUCCUGGCUGUCGACCCGGAAACGCUGCAGCACAAGAUCAACGAGGCCAUCCAGCCCACGCAGCGUAACGGUCGGCACGAUGUCAAGGUGUCUGGAACCUAUCAAGCCUGGGAAUUCCGGUUUGAUCCGGCUACCGGCAAAACCGUGAAGGUCUACGUGCAGGUGAAAGAUCCGGUGUUCGGCGUGACCAACGGCCGCGCCAAUCACUUCCAUGCGCAGAAGACUGGUGCCAUGAACGAGAUCUCCCCGAAGGAAUUUUACGAAGUGUACCAGCCGAUCGAGCGGCCCACGCCGAUUUUCCACCGCUUCUUCCCUCCGAAGCCUGCCCGCCGUGACAAUGAGCACGACGAA